UACAGCAAAAAUCUUGUUAAAGGAAUGAUUCAUGAAAUACGGUGUACCUGAAAGAUUGCAUUCUGAUCAGGGAAGGAAUUUUGAGAGCGAAGUUGUUGCUGAGCUGUGCAAAAUGUAUGGAGUGAAGAAAACCCGCACUGCACCAUACCGGCCUCAGGGUAAUGCCCAAUGUGAGCGCUUUAAUCGAACGCUCCAUGAUCUGCUGCGCACACUACCCCCUGAAAAGAAAAGGCGGUGGCCGGAACACCUAGCGGAGUUGGUUUAUGCCUACAAUGUCACACCACAUGCAACCACUGGAUACUCACCAUACUACUUACUGUUUGGAGUCCAUCCACACCUUCCAAUUGAUGCCCUGCUGGGUCAUGAGCAACCUGUAGACAGAAAACAAGACUGGUUAGUGAUUCAUCAAGAGAGAUUGAGAGAGGCUCACGAACAGGCAAGAAAAUAUGCUGAACACAAGGCUGCUGAGAGGUUGGCCCCUUUGAAUGAAAAGGUCUAUUGUCCCAUUAUCAAUGUUGGUCAACACGUAUAUCUGCGUCACCGGCCUUUGGGUAGGAACAAGAUACAAGAUUCAUGGGGUCCUACGGUAUACAAGGUUCUAGAUGUGCAAGGUACUACAUAUACUGUUGAGCCCCUUGAGGGUGGUCCUAUCAAGAGACUUCAUCGAGCUGACUUGAGACCCUGUGUCAAUUCUGUACCUGAGAUGGAAUUCACUGAGAACUAUCAUCCUAAAACACAGCAAGAGAGAACAGCAGAGUCUGAGCAAGUUGAAGUUCAGUCUGAUCCUGAUUUUGUUGUGCUAGAAGAAGUCACUUACCCUAGUAUGCAAGAGAGAAAAGCGAUUGGAAGCUCUUCGGCAGAAGGUGAAGUGCUUGUAGGUCAGCCCAAAAUUAUUCUAGAGGAUACUGACCCGAGGUAUACUGAACCUGAGCAAUUUAUGCCUGACACCAGUGCCACUCUCAGUGUAGAGGAAACCCUGCUGAAAAAGCCUGUACCGACCCCUAGGAGAACAAAAAGAGCCAAUGCGGGUGUGCAUUCAAACCCUUUCAAUGAACCGAAGUCUGCAUGUAAUACAGUCUCACUCAGUCCUGAAGUCUUUUCACAAGUGUUGGCAAGCUUAGGGAGUGUGUUCUUUAGGGAGGCUGUUAAAGAAGUAAAAAAUGUAUUUGAUCAUUGAGGACAAUGAGGUUUAGCAGGGGAGAAUGUAGCCAAGUUAAGAAACUGUGUUUGCAACACUUGCUUUGCGGCACUCCCGCAUGUAUCGCAUGUGAACGUUUUUCAGAGUGAGCAGAGCAACAUAAGCAAACGGGUGCUCAAGUUUGGUGCCAUUAUCUUGAUUUUGGCAAGGACGUUUAUGGAUUUGCAUGUGUGAGGUGGAUCGGUUUGAUCACAUUUUGGGACACGUGCAAAGACUGGGUAUGUACAGUGAAUGUUACUGAAGUUUUAUUUUCCUUAUUUAAAGCCAGUGUAUUUUCCUGUCGUUGAAUCUGUUUACAUGGAAUGUUGGAAUUCAUGUUAGCAACAAUUAUGAGUGUAUCUAAAACAUAUCAUACUUUGAUAAAAUUAUUAGAAUGUAUUAAAAGAUUGUGUUUUUUGGUACUCAUGUAUUUCAUGAAAACGGUGGAGUUUACUGGUGGGCUAAUGUGCUGUUAUUGUUAUUCAAUAUUAGGCUCUACCGUAUUUCAUUUCAUUUUAUUUUAUUUUACUCCAUUUCAUUUCACUCAAGGGUGAUUCAGAAAUACAAAAAUUACCCAUAUUUGUACUCUGAACUUUUAAAGUUUGAGACUAUUUCUGGAUUGUAUUUCUCACAUUUUGAAAUCAGUGCUUGAUCUUUUGUUUUUUUGUCAAAUAAGCACAACAGAGUCCUAAGAUUUACUUUAUUUUAUGAUUGUUUUUCAUCAGUACUUACUCCCAUCGAUCGCUGUCCUUCUGAGAGACAGCUGUCAGAAUAAAACCCAUAAAAUAUA